UUGAAAGUUGGCUUUGUGGGCUACGACUGGAUUUUUCAAUCAUGAAGAUAACUAUUUUCGUAUUCGUUAGCUGCCUUUUCUAUUCGACUCUCAAUUCAGUUUUGACUCUAAAGUGCCGAACCGGGAACCAACAGAGCGAUGACCAGUUCCAGAAGAUCAUUCAAAUCUGCCGCAGACGGUACCUCGGCUACGAUCGGGAAACCGGUUACAACUUACGGCGCACCGAUUCCCAAGAAUCCGAUUCCGAUUCUGAGGAAGACAUGUUCGAUCGGAAAUUCCUCACUGCCAAGGGAAAUCGAUACAAUUACAACAAUAAAAAUGACAAUUCGGGCAGCUCCGGUAGGUCCUCGUUCUCCUCGAGAGACAUGACGACGCAUCGCAACUGGAACAACAACAAUCCAUCAUAUAACAACAGAAAUAACACAAGAUCUCCUUACGACAAUAACAACAAUAAUUUUAAUAAUCGCCAUCAGGUGAAUUACAAUAGCAGGCGAAGUAACAACAAUAACAUGGAUUCUCGGGGAUACUCGGAUAAUUAUUCGAUUAGUGGUAGCAACAAUAACAACAAUUACAAUUAUAACAACAAUGAUGACGAUCGCGAGCAGGCUUGCGUUGUCCAAUGCUUUUUCAACGAGCUCAAUUUGGUGGACCAGAGGGGCUUCCCGGAGAGGUCGUCGGUGGUAAACAUUAUGACCCAAAAUAUUCAGGAUUCCGAGCUGCGUGAUUUCGUCGAAGAAUCCGUGAUCGAGUGCUAUCAUAUGUUGAACAACAGUGGUCGCCAGGAGAAGUGUCAGUUUUCGCAAAAUCUACUCUCUUGCUUGACCGAGAAGGCUAGUGAGAGAUGUGAAGAUUGGGAAGACGAGUAGCUGAUGGCUUUUGGAGAGUUGCGCAAGUUAAGGAGUGUAGAAUUUUCGAGAGGCAAAAAGACA